AUGGGCGCCUGCCAAUCUUGCCUAGGGCGUCGCAACAGCGAUAUAUCGAACAAUGACGAGGGUACGGGUCUUUUGUACGACGACAAUGGCAUGCAGUACGGUAGCUUUGGCGACCAGGCCAUGAGCGGAGAGAACGAGACAGUCGAGACACAACGCGAGAACGAGGCGAUACAGACGGUCGUCGCGAAGACCUCAAACAACAUGGUUGACGUAUUCGAAAUCGCCCAGGCUGCCGGCACCAACAGAGGCAUGGCAGCUGGCUUCGCCCAAACAGGCCCUGGCCCUCGCGAAGCACGUUUCCAGCACCUUCUUUCGAAACUCAACACGCACGAGUCGAACUUGCCCAACGAGGGCAGAAUUGGUGUGCUCGCCGAUGAGGAGGAUCUCAGUUCCCAACCCGGCAAACCAGCCAGUGUAAACACCCAAGAAGGCGGGGAUGAUGCGCUGGUUGGUACAUUCGCGGACGCUGCCGCCGCCGCAGCGGCUGGGGCAUCUUCGUGA